GGCGAGUAAGGGGCAUAAACCCGCCUCUCUUCGCACAGAGUUCUUAGGUUGCGGUAGCACAAAUGAACUGAACCGGGUCAAACCCGGUCCAGCCCGCAGUGGCUUCCCUCGCAGCGUUUUAAGCACGGUUCGCCUCCAUUCCCGUCCCAACCGACUCCUUUCUCCUUGCAGUUUUGUUCUAGGGGGCCUGAAGGCCCGAGGGCAGCAUGGAUUUCCGAGGGAAGAAGUAUGAGCGGGGCAGUAACUGGUCAGACCCGGAGGUGGUGGAGCUCCUGCACUUGUGGGCGGACGAGUCGGUGCAGGCGGAACUGGAGAGCUGCCUGAGGAACCAACACGUCUUCAACAGGAUCGCCGAGGUGCUGAGGGACAAGGGCAUCCACCGCACCGGCGACCAGUGUAGGGAGAAGAUCAAGAAGAUGAAGCUGGAGUACCGUCGGAUCAAGGACAACAACAAGGCUCCCCGCGGGGGCAGAACCUGGAAGUUUUACGACGUGAUGGAUCGAGUCCUAGCCAGCCGGCCUUCCCUAGCUUACAACGCCUCUAACAGCAACAGCCUGAUGCCUCAACAAGUGCUCCAAGGAAGCCUGGUAGAAAACUAUCACCACCACUUGGCCCCCUCGACCAUGCCCUUUGCCCACUCACAGCCUCCGGAACUGAUGGAGAUCAAAUGCGAGGAGGUGGAUUCAGAGGAGCGCUGCCUGACGCCGGAGCCGCCACCCUCGGUCACUUACCAGCAGGUGGGCUCCGCUGAGGAGCCUGAGAUAGAAAGGGCCUUUCUGGAUAGGUCCCAGAAUGACUCGCCCAUCUCUAGGGUGGAGAUUCCUAUUGAGACCAGUGUCUCGCCUUCAGGUUUCAGUGAGCCCAACGUAGCUUCUUCAUCCAGAAUCCAAAGUCUGGGGCCACGGCCUGGUUUUUCUACUCUGCACCGCUUGCGGAAGAAACGGAAAGCCCAACGGCUGAAGGAUCCACUUGAUGAACUCUUACUGAAGACCUUGACAGCACAACGGGAAAUGGAGGAACGCUUUCUGCAACUGGAAGAACGGCGACUGCAACGAGACCUGGAGGUGGAGGAACGGCGGAUACAGCUGGAGCAGCGGCGCUUUGAACUGGAACGAGACCAUGAGUUCCGCAUGUUCAGUGUCUUUGCUCAGAUGCUCAGCAUCUUAAAACAGAACAAUAGUAGCUCCUCUGCAAGUGGGCUUCCCCAAGGAGUGGACUUUAGCCAGGCAUUUUCUUCAGGAGGCCAACAGGAAACAAGGACCACACAACUAGGGCAGCCUGCCUUGGAGAAGACAACCAAUAUAUACAGUUUCUGUAACCAUAGUGAUUUCCAAAGCAGCCCAUACCUUUCUGUCCGAGGCAAUAUUGCCAACAUCUUCCGUGGAUCCACAGAAGAAGGAUACAAUGCCUAUCAUGCUGACAAGUAUGAUGAAGACAAAAAUCCCAAUGGCAUCAUUAAUUUUGGCACCAGUGAGAACAAACUAUGCUUUGAUCUGAUGUCCAAGCGGCUGACACAAAGUGACAUGAAUGUCAUUGAGCCCCCACUGCUACAAUAUCCUGAUUGGAAAGGGCAUAUGUUCUUGCGGGAGGAAGUAGCUCGAUUUUUGACAUAUUACUGCAAGGCACCUGCACCUCUCAAAGCGGAAAAUGUGAUUGUGCAGAAUGGCUGUGGCUCUCUGUUUUCUGCUUUAGCUACAGUUCUCUGUGACCCUGGCGAAGCCUUCCUGAUUGCGACUCCAUUCUAUGGCGGUAUCACCCAGAGUGUGUUUCUCUAUGGGAAUGUCAAGCUGGUCUAUGCCUAUUUAGACAGUCAGGUGUCUGGCACAAGCACUCGUCCCUUCCAGCUUACUGUGGACAAGCUAAAGAAGGCUUUGCAGGAUGCACAGUCAGAGGGUGUCAAAGUAAAGGCUUUAAUUCUUCUGAACCCACAAAAUCCCCUGGGGGACAUCUAUUCUCUUUCAGAACUUAAUGAGUACUUGGAAUUUGCAAAAAGAUAUGAGCUACAUGUGAUUGUAGAUGAGAUCUACAUGCUGUCCGUUUUUGAUGAUUCUGCCUCUUUUCAUAGUGUGCUGGAAAUGGACAGAUUACCUGAUCCAGAGAGGACCCAUGUGAUGUGGGGAAUUAGUAAGGACUUUGCUAUCUCUGGGAUUCGUUUUGGAACCCUGUACACAGAGAACCAAGAUGUUGCCAAUGCCAUCGGUUCUUUGUGUUACUUCCAUGGGGUCUGUGGGCCAGUCCAGUACAAAAUUGCCCAGCUUCUGCAAGACAGAGACUGGAUCAACCAGGUGUAUUUACGGGCCAACCAUGACAGGUUAAAAGCUGCCCAUACCUUUGUGACAGAUGAACUCAAGACCUUAGGAGUUCCUUUCCUGAACCGCAAUGCAGGCUUCUUUGUAUGGAUUGACUUCCGAAAGUACCUGAAAAGACGAACCUUUGAAGAGGAAAUGGUGCUCUGGAGACGCUUUCUGGAUAACAAGAUCCUGCUUUCCUGUGGUAAAGCUUUUGAAUGUAGUGAGCCUGGCUGGUUCCGCAUCAUCUUUGCUGAUAAAAUGCACCGGCUGCAGCUAGGAAUGCAGAGGGUCCGUGAGGUCUUAGAAGAAUGUGAGCAAGAACUCCUGAAUGAAGAGAGAGACCAGGCCUGCCAGUCUGAUUCAGAGGGCAAAGAAGACAGCACAGAUGAAGUGAUCUUUGUGUCCCAUCACCAAGAGCCAGUGUCUGCUGCUGGCUCCAACCUUGGUGACCUUAUUGGCCUUCUGCAGCAGCAAAUGCGUUCAUCUGACUGGCUUCAGAAAAAUACAGCAGAGCAGUUUGCACAGGAGAAGCCAGAGAUCUAUGAUGUUUUCAGCAAGUUGGUGGGGAAGCAGUAAACAGCUGCAAUACAUCUGCACGGAGAUUGUCCCUGGAGGGCACCAUGGUUAGGCUUUCACUUGUGACCAGGGAUGUGUUUUCCAUAGACCAUGAAACCUUUUUAUAAAGCUCCUUCCUUGACCGCCUUUUCAUUACCAUUAUAUGGGAUGUGCUUUCAUUGGACUGAGGCCAUAUACAGAGGCCUGGCUUUUAUUCUGCCUCUACCCUGUAUAAUGUAUUUUAUAUUCCUGUUUCUAUUGAAUAAGCUUAUUCUCUCUAAUAUGGAGAGUUAUGGUGUCCCCAACUUUUUGAGCCUGUGGGGACCUUUGGAAUUUUGGCACAGUAUGGUGGGCUCAGCCACAAAUGCCACAGCUUUCCUUCAGACACACGAGAUCCUUGUUCUGUGAUGGCAGCUGCUGCCAAUGUAAUGUCUUUAAAAAUCUGCAUAGCCAAUCAAAUUUCCUGUGGCCAGUCAGAGCCAUUGCUGGGCAAAGGCCCCACUUGGCUUUACCCACUUUCUAAAAACACUUGGCAGGCACCAGGUAAGGUGUUGGUGGGAACCAUAGCACCCAUGGGCACACUACAUUAGGGACCUACCCCCACUCAGAAUGAAAUUUAAGUGCAACAAAUUUUGAUCUACGUAUGUAUGUUCCAUCAAUAAGGCACUUUAAUACAGUAUUUAAAGGCUGGUUCAAAGAUAUAUCGGUUCAAAUAAUCUACUACGGGUAAAUCGCAGGUUUUUAUAAGUAUCUCAUAUACUACAGUGUGAGUAUGCUUUAGAAACAAAACUGGUUUGCUAUUAAAUUCCAGUACUCUAAGGGCAAUGGUUAAGGGAUUAGGAAUAGGCCACAGGCUCUCUCUCUCUCUCUCACACACACACACACACAAUUCUGCAGCCCCCUCCUCUCAUACUUGGUUUUCUGCCACAGACUUUCUUCAUGAAAUUACCCAUGGUUAACCGGAUUUGCUUCUAAUCAGCAUUUGAAGCAAACUGUUGUUAGCUUUCACUAAAGUAACAUCUCUUAAAAAUCCAUUUCAUUUAAUACUGUUUAUCCUGGGUGUAGCUUUUAAAAUAAAACAUGGGGAAGGAGGGCUGGGUGGCAGCUCUGCAGUAUGGCUGGUCCAGGCUGAAAGUGAUACAGCAUUGCCAAGGGGGUUGGGGUGGGUGGGAAGAGGAGGGCACAGCCACCUGUCUAUCUUGGAAAUCCAUGAAAGACCUACAUAGCUAAAGAAUAGGGCUCAAUAGGGGCUGUGGGGCUGACAGAAAAGGAAGCUUCAGCUCUACUGGGGAGAAGUCUUGACCCAGAGAAGUACUAGCACAGUAACAGAAGGCUCCUCCUCCAGUUGCUGCCUCAUACAUCAGGAAAUGGAGAUAUUGUAACUGUAGCCCCAUUAGAACCAUUUUUACCAAUACCUCUUACGAAUGUGUUACACUUAGCACUCUGUUUUUAGGAACAUAAUCACAGUAUUAAAGGAGGUAUUACUUUAUUAUCAAUGUUGGAAGAGAGAGGACUAAUCAUCAUUAGGAGAAUAUCCAAAGAGGGGAUCAAGCAAGCAAAUCCAUUCCUAAUUUCUGAAAUAUGGCUAGCAGACAGGUGCUGUUACAUCUGUCGCAGCCUGGAAACCUGCAACUCUAACACAAUUAAAAUCUCAAUGGCUCAAAUCGAA